AACAGUCAGACUGAUUUACUCAGUCGUAGAAGAAGUUUUAGAAUUAAUAAAAUUGAUUAUUUUGUCUUUGUGAUUUAUUCGUUCUUUAUUUUGUUUCGUUUCAAUAGCUGAACAAAAAUGGCUCAUCGACCAAUGUCUGGACAGUCUCGAAAUGAAAUGCUUAUGGCCGAAAAGGCUGGACGAAUGUUGGAAAAAACAACCGACCCCAUUGAAAAGUUACGAUUUUCGGCCUUAAAACGAGGCGCGGCUGGAAUUUUAGGAAUUGGAAGAAUCUUUCGUCGUAUGGAUAACGAUGGAAGUGGAUCAUUAACUGUGGAUGAAUUUACUCAAGGUAUUCACGAGUGUGGUGUUGAUUUCACUAACGAAGAGAUUCAAGAGCUAUUCAUGAAAUUUGAUCGAGAUGGUUCAGGAACAGUUGAUUAUACUGAAUUCCUAAGAUCAAUCAGGCCUCCUGUCAAUCAAAAUCGAUUGACAGUCAUAGACAAAGUAUUCGCCAAACUUGAUGUCACCGGGGACGGAAAAGUGACCAUUGAAGAUCUUAAAUCGAAAUAUAACAUCAAGAGUCAUCCCGAAUAUCAGAACGGAUCUAAAAGCGAAGAUGAACUUUUAAACACUUUCCUUGUUAAAUUCGAAGAGAAUGGAACCAUUGAUGGAAAUGUAACCAAGGAGGAAUUCAUUGAUUACUAUUCCGGCAUCAGCGCUUCCGUUGAUGAGGACAUGUAUUUUGAUCUGAUGAUGAGACAAGCCUGGCAUCUUUGAGGAUGGUCAACAAUUAAGGAACUGAUUGAAACCCCAUUGACUCAAAAGAGAGAGACAGAAAUUUGAAUCAAUUGAAUCAAUUUAAUGAUUAACUUUACUUUUUCCCUUUAUUUUUGCUUUUUGCAACAAACUAAUUGAUUUUAAACUGUCUGAAAUUUAUUUAUGAAUCUCUGUAACUGUGAUUGUUAAUUAACUCUUCAUUUGAGAGAGUAUACUGAUCAUUCCACAAUCAACAAAAUCCAAUGAAACUAAUUUCAAGCAAUUAAUUGUAACGUCCAAAUCAAUGAUCAUUUUGCAAACCGUAUUAAAAUAGAGUCUCAAGAAAAUAA